AUGCUACCUAGAUUUCGCCUAAAAAACGAAAUCGGCAGUGGGAACUUCGGAAAGGUCUAUAGAGAGUCGUGGAACGGUGAGCUCGUUGCAGUAAAAAUACUUCGAGAUGGACUUUUCGACUCAAAUGAUACGCACGGCCAUGUUCAAAAAUUUCUCGACGAGUGCAAAAUUCUACAACGACUCAGCCACAAGAACGUUGUUCAACUGAAGGAGUUUAUCAUCACACACACUUCGCCUCCUGUGCUUAUUACCGAACUUUUGGAUUGCGAUUUGGUGAAAUACAUUGGUAGGCUUUAUCCACGCAAGAUUCCAUUUCCUGAAACAGUCUCAAUCGCUUUAGAUGUAGCAGAAGGGCUGGCUUAUUUACACCGACAAAAACCUCCGAUAGUUCAUCGAGAUUUGGCAACUAAAAAUGUACUUUUGACGAGAAAUAAACAGGCUAAGAUAGCUGACCUUGGAAUCGCUAAAUGUUUUUCUUUACAACAAAAGAUGUUUUCAUCUCCAAACUGCGGAACUCCGGCAUACGCUGCGCCAGAAACAUUCUCAACAAAACAAGCUCAAAAGGUCGUCUACGGCGUCAAGAUCGAUAUUUUUUCCUUUGGAGUUGUACUGAUGGAAGUUGUAAACAGCAGCCGUCCAGAGAUAGAACCCGACUGGCUUGAUAAAGGUUUGUAUAUAUUUUUUUGUAUCAAAGCAAGCAGUCGUCAAAACGAAAGCGAAAGGGGGUUUGCUUCCCUCGAAUAUGUUCUUUUUGCUACUCACGCAAUCCUUCCCAACGCGUGAUGAAGCCCAAAAGAGGGUCUGCGUGGGAGGCUAAAAUGGAGAGGAAGUAUUGCGUUAUUCGAUGAUACAGUGGGUCGAGUUAUGCGUUGUAACGACAUUAUUUUUUCGUCUCAGUAAAAUUUGUGCAAAAGAAGUUUGAUAUCAAACUCACUGAGGGGGUCAUACAACGUGUUCAUAUUUAUGAGGCAGAAAGAAACAGAAACAGCUCUCUGGGUAUUAUCACGUGCUCUGAGAUGGGAAAACAAAAACAUACAAGCUAAAAAGGUCUAUGGAGAAAUGGAAAAUCUGGAACGGUGAAAAGGGAUUCUCUAAAAUGGGGAAUCUCUGAAAGCGGGAAUCUAUAACGAGAGUAACCUCCCACUCCGACUUUCUUUUGUGUGAUGAGUAAAAAAGAGGCUAUAAAAAGGGGGAAAUCUCUGAAUUAAGAAUCUCUAUAAGGGCGAGUCCUAGAAACAGGGAACCUUUAAGAUCUAAAAGACAGAAUCCCAUAAUGCAAAAUAAUGAAGUUCCAAUCAGGCCCCAGUUGUUCAAAAGGUGGAUGUCGUGUCUUUACGUAUUUAACCAAGGAUGAUUCGAAUUUAACCAGGAUUUAACCAAUAACGCACGCCAUUGCUAACUCGUGCACACGUGUUUAUUCUACUCAUCAUAACAGUCACUGAGCGCAUGGUCGAUCAUAAAAAAAUGGGGGUUGGGGACGGGAGACCUAAAUAUUUACAGAAAGGCAAAAAACGGGGUCAAAUAGGAAAAAAUGUCGACGAGCGAAGCGAGCCGAGCGGUUUCCUUGGGAGGGGGAAAGGGCGGGGUAGACUUGUAAUUCUUUAUUGUACGGCCUACCAUCCUAUCUUAUUCGGAAGCUUCAACAUGUUCAAAAUUCUGCUGCUCGCCUUGUCAACCAGUGUCCAAGAUUUUGCCAUAUUACUCCAGUCCUGAUGGAUCUUCACUGGCUCCCUGUCUUCUUUCGUAUCGAAUUUAAAAUUAUGUUAAUUACUUACAAAGUACUACGUGAUCGAGCUCCAAUCUAUAUACAGGAACUCCUUCAAUUGUAUACACCCAGCCGCAAUCUUAGAUCCUCUAACAGAAAUUUAUUAGUUAAACCCUAUUUUAAUCUCAAUUCGUAUGGUAAACGAGCUUUUUCUGUUGCUGCUCCGGAACUUUGGAAUAACUUACCUGAGGAUAUUAAAUCUGCAAACUCAAUUGAUGAUUUUAAACGCAAACUUAAAACAUUUCUUUUUAGGCGAGCUUAUGAAUCGUGACGUUUUUAUUUGUUAUCUGAUUUUUUAUCUAUUGUGUACAUUUAUCUAUUUUGUAGUUAGCGUCUAGUUUUAAUGUCAAUUUCUUGCGAUUAUUUUUACUUUUUACUUCUAUCUAAUUUUUUGUAAACAGCGCCUCUGAAUCUUGUAGAAAAGGCGCAAUAUAAAUGGAUUAUUAUUAUUUUAUUGAAGACAUGCCUUUGAUGCCGCCGUUCCAUGAUAUCAGAUUCUCUGAUUGGUCAAAUGUCUUCAAUGUUCAUGUUGACAGACUUUCGGUGCUGUUGACAGUAUCGCACUCUUUCAAUGGUCAGCUUCUACAAUUCGGAAAGUUUGAAAACACGGAUUUCGAGCAAGCAAUACAAAUUUCUUUGCGAGACUUUUCGCUUAUUCCUCGGCUCCAAGAAGAGCAAAAAAAUAUGCCUGUGAUCUGUUGCAAAAAGAAAAAGAAGCAUAUGUUCUCUCCUGUGGUAAACGUUGCCUGUAUCGCGGACGCUCUAAACCUUCUGUAUAGAGCUUCUCCGAAAUUGCCUGGACCUGAAUAGCUACAUGUGUGUAGUUCUUUUUUUGGCCGUGAAUAUCAUGAUUUCCUGAUUUGUUUUGACGUUAGAACUGUCGGCUAGAUUGCAGAAUACGCGGCAGUGCAUCUGUGUGCAGCGAUUAGAAGACGCUGGAAAAUUAGUCGACAAAUUUUAUAAGCAAGUUCUGGCCUUGAAGGAAUUCUCUCAAAACAUUUUUUUGUUCAGAAGAAGGCUUUAAAGUUCGAAUUGCUCUUUCAUUGUUUACGGUAAACGAUCCUUGCCAACUCCCGUCUGUGAAUUUUAACGUCCAGUCACUACGCCCAACCGUCACACACCCGUUAGAAUUAGGGGUGGACCAUUUGAUUUUUGAUGGGGGGGGGUUGCAGGAUUUUUAGACUGCUAGAUAUUUUUUUUUAUUGCUCCAGCCCUGCAGGAUUUUUUUUUUAAUCUCCCUGUCCUUGCAUGAUAUUUUUUUUAAUGGAAAUUUAAAACACAAAUUUUGAAGUUUAAAACACAAAUUUUGAAGUUUUUAAACUUAACUUGACCAUCACCAGCCACUCAAAAUUCACCCUUUAGGCUAUUAAAAACCACCUUUACACGCAAUGCAUUUUUAAGUUUACAUCUUUCUUUCAAAGUAAUAAAGAGUUUCAUUUUUAUUCAGUGUACAAAGAAAUGCAUCUCCACUAACCUGCGGCUAGUUGAUUUCCCUGUCAGGCUAGUGGAUGUUAUAUGCAUCACUCUCUGUACUUGCCCAACAGAUCACUUGCCCACUGAACAAGUGAACCUUUUUUUCUUUCUAAUUACGUAAUGCUACUGAGAAAAGCUUUCAAACUUGCGUGUAAUGGUUCCAACUUGUCCAAAGGGCGAGCUGGAAAUUCCAUCUUAUUUGAAUCCUGUUUUUUGCUUUCAAAGCAAGAGAGAGGGACUUCAAAGAAGGAGAAAUUGCACCGUAAUCUGGCUUCUCAAUAUACGCAUUUAAUAUUUGGAGUUAUCUAGAGUUUAAAAAAAAAGGAGGGUUCAAGAAAUGGGGACCUCACUGUAGAUUUUACCAGUUUAGACGAAUUUCGAGUGGACGUAGAAGCAGCUGGAGGGGAUAUAACCUGCAGGUGUUGUCAAUGGUCCUUUUUGAAGGCCGGUACCAGGACAGUUCCGUUCCCACAGCCCAUCGAUAUCAUAGGAGUACCAGGCUUGAUCACCCCUCUUCACUGCUCCACGAUAAUGCUGGCUAUUAUAAAACGUCAUUCUCAUCAAACUAAAUCUUGAGAAAAGGAAAAGAGAAAAUCAUUGCUGAUAUUUUUAGCAAUAUGAUGUAGUACAUACAUGUACAUCUGCGACUUAAGAUAAAAGCAGAAAGGGAGUGUUAUCCCAUUGAAUAUGCUUAAUAUAUCAAAGUAUUCCAUCAGAAUAUACAUACCUUUCUCCUUUCAUCAGCACAAAGAAAGGAAUCUGAGAGGCAUCUGUGAUGAUGCCCCUCUGAGCGAAGUAUUCACUUGAAAUUGGUAGAAAAAGAGGGACGCCAACCACAAACUGUCUCUUUGUAAAGGACCUCUUUCCCCCUUCUUCUGGCUGCUCUGCAAAGCCACUACCGGAAGUCCACAUUUAAUGCACUAGCUCUUCAAAUCUGACAAAUCUGAUUGCCUGAAAACUGCAGAAUGAGUGCUCUGCACAUGCUCAAAAAUUGGGACUAGCCAGGGGUAUCAAUUCCAGGUGCUGACCAAAAGGAUUGCACCCUCUGGAGAUGAGAAUGUUGCAAAUAGCUAUUAAAGCUUUGCACCUUACAUUUAAAUUUGGCUAGAUAUGCAGAUGUACAGGAUGUUGAAGACAACCUUGUUCAUUAAUAUAAAGAAAAUUUUAAACUGUUAUUAUUCUUAAGGCUCAAUUGUUCUUGAUGGAUAAAUAUAGACAAUUUCUGCCAGCUUGUGGUUUAUUAAAGACAUUGUUAAAUAAACAUUUGUCACUACAGUUGUCAAUAGGUGAGAAAAUCAGAUUGGUAGUUGACCCCUUUGAAUCAUCUUUUAUAUAGGUACAUGAUCUAUAAAACUACAAUAUUUCAAUGCCUAAAUAAUUAAAACAAUUACGUUUUAAUUUAUGUGCUACAGACUGUUUACUAUUAUUUUCUUGGCUUGAAAAUAGGCAAUGAACACUAAAGUAAUAGAACUCUGCAAAAACACGAAUGACCCAGAGGGAAAAAAUGCUCUUCGAUCUAUUUGAUCGUCUUUUGUCUCGUGCACAUAUCCAGCGCAUCCGUUUCACAUUCUUUGUAUAUUUUGAACCCUGCACAAAUUCAACGUGGCCUGCCUUUACUCUUGUUUGUCUCAUUUCCUUUUCUAUAAAGUAAAUCUUAUUUUAUUACAAAAAUACCUGCACGUGACAACUCUUAGGGUGGGAAUCUGAAUGCAUGAAUAUCUUUGAAUCAUAAUAUCCUUCUAGAUCAGAGGGUUCACUUUAAUAGGAAAUCUAAUUGGUAAAUCAUGCGUCGCGCUUGCAAAAUACUAAUUCACGCAUCAAAAAAUGUGAUGCCCAGUCCUGUAUCAUGUGACUCACAGCUACUUUUGGGGCCGUCACGCAUCACGCAAAAUCCUUUGCCACGCCCAGGUUAAGGUUGCUCGAUUUUUUUUUCCUUCUUAAGAAUUCUGCAAGAAAUUUUUUUUUAACCAGAAACAUAUGCUCGAUAUUUUUUUUGGGAUUUGCACACACCCCGCCCCCCCCAUCAAAAAUCAAAUGGUCCACCCCUUAGGCCAAUCGUGAGGCGCAUAAGAAACCAGUAAGAAGCCCGCCUAUCACAUGCUAUCAGAAACGCUUACAUAUGUCCUUGCGACUCUGCAGGAUAUUAGAAGGAGCUUUUGUGCACUAAUUCGCAGACGGAUUAUACAAAUGGUUUAGACGAGUGCAUGGGCCGGCUGCAACGCACAGCUGAACGCAGGCAAUGCGGAUAAACUACGGUCACCUCUACAAAGCGAUAAGCUUAUAAACCGACGUUCAAAAGGUACAGGAUUUUGAGCAGACAUACCUUAUAAAAAAGACAACAAGUUCAACAGGAAUACAUUCAAACUGAAUAGUCUGUCGCAUAAGGUGCUAAAGUUAGACAUUUUUCCUCCGCGGAAUAUUAACUCUACCAAUAGCGAUAUUUCGUCUCGUACAUUAUAAGAAGCUAUGUCGACAAGAUUAUGACGCGAACUGCGAACUUGAGGGAUCUCCUUGAGAAUCUAUUCGACUGUUCUUCCCCGAUCGCACGCGGCGCAUUUUCCUCGGAAACGUCUUUAUUUCUCUUCGCGGAAGGCUCGUGUUACUCCAUUUGGCGAUCGAAGUUAAAUCCCCCUCCCCUUUUCCCUUCCUCCCUAUCCCCUACCCCCUUCCCCUUUCGACGCCUGCUGCGCAGGCUAAUAUUUUUUUACAAAAGCGACAUAAUAGGGCCAUUUAUACGAGGAAAAAUAAGACGCGUCUUACAUAAGACGCGUCUUAAAUAAGACGCGAACUUUCCGUAUAAACGGCACAUUUCGUCUAAAAUAAGACGCGGCUUUGCUAAGACACGUCUUAUUAGAUAAGACAUGCUCGUAUAAAUGGUACAGUUCGCGUCUUAUUUAAGACGCGUCUUAUUUUUCGUCGUAUAAAUGGCCCUUAUAAGCUCACGCUGACAUCCGUGAUGAGAACUUGACGUGUUAACAUUUCAAUGACAAGUUAAUUGCUGGAGGACUGGUCAAUAUUUCUCAAACUUAUGAAAUAAACGAUGAUACUUCUUUUGCAUUCGUAAAUGGUUAGAAAAUUAUGAAGAACUCAACCAGCCAAAACGUCCAUUCUACAGUCAACCAAAAACGGCAUUGAUUAUAAAUCUCGUGUGGUCGUCGUAAUUCAUAUCAGCUGCUUCUUUUUCUGCGCUGUUUAAGACAUUUUCUUAGUGUUUCAACCUCUUUAGAAGGUUCGUAUCGCGUGGUACUCGUCGAAGCUUCGUUUUCCGUGUUAUUCUGCUCCGUAGCUGAAUUCCUUGCGUCCGAACCGUUCCUGGGAAAGGGUGCAUGGGUCGGAGGUCUCCCUUCUUAGCUCCCUGUGCGCGCAUCAGUCCAUUUUCGUAACCUAUGGUUUCUCGUCCUCAACACGAGUAAAGAUUGGCUAAGAACGUAUCUGAUUUUGCUUUUUAAAUAACAGAUGGUCAACGUAUUCCAGAAAAAAUGCGUCGCAAGGGGGACAUCAGUAAGAUGGGUGACCACAAAUUGAGCAGACUCGUGCUAAAUUGUAUUGAAGACCACAGCGACCAGAGACCAAACGCCGAGGAAGUUGUCAACUGUCUUCAAAGAGAGCUGUCAAAACAUCAGAAAAGGGAGGAAAUUUUUCGACGAUCAAAGCCUCACUCGCCUCCAAAGUUAAAAGUUAUAGCCCUUGGAGCCUCUAGUACCGGAAAGACUUGUGUUAUCAAGCGAUUUGCAUGUAGCAGCUACCCUCAGAAAGAGUGCGAAACCGAAAUCUCUACCGUUGGCCAAGAAUUAUACUUCAAAGACAUCAGUUUGGGUGGUAAGGACUACCGUUUGCAGAUUAUUGACACCGCGGGACAAGAAAAGUUUCAUAGUAUUCCUCCAAGUUUCGCACGGAACGUAGAAGGCAUCUUGCUCGUGUUCGACAUACAAAGAAGAGAUUCUUUGUUAGUAGGCAUCCCAAAGAUGCUAAAGCUCCUUGACGCUGACAAAGCCGAUACCACGAGCAUUAUUUUGGUGGGAAACAAAGUUGAUGAAAAAGUUCGUCAAGUUACCAGAUUAGAGGCGGAGCAAUAUGCCAGAAAACUUCAAGUGCAAUAUAUCGAAACGAGCGCAAAAACUGGCGAAAACGUCCAAAAAUUGUUUGAAGAGAUGACAAGACAGAUCUAUGAGACGCUGGACUUGUCAGACAUAGACGUUUUCGUUCCAAGUGCAGAUGACGACCGUAUACAUCUCCAAGAUGAUGCACCUCGUAAUAAAAACAUCUGUGAAAAAAUGCGUGACUGGAUGUGUGGGUGA